AUGCUGGCUGGGCAAGCACUCGCAUUCUUGGGCCUGACCUGGGGCACUUUCCAGAGCCUGGCCAUCCCCCGGAUUACAGAAUGUGGCCUCUCCUGUUCUCAGGGCUUUGCCUGCAGGAGCCACAGGAACCGGAACAUUUUUAACAGCUUCUGCCGGCCACGCCCCGUGUCCAUGUCCAGGUCAGUCCUGGAGGCCCUGACGUCCUCCACUGCCAUGCAGUGUGUCCCCUCUGACGGCUGCGCGAUGCUCCUGCGUGUACGCGCCUCCAUCACCCUGCAUGAGCGCCUGCGGGGCCUGGAGGCCUGUGCCAUGAGCCUGGACACCCAGGAGACGCAGUGUCAGAGCGUGUGGGUGGCCAGGGCCUCCCACCGGCAGCAGGGGGGGCAGCAGCUCCAAGUGCACUUCGGCUGCUUUGCGGUGAGCGUGGCCCAGCACCUCUAUGUCACCCUGAGGACCAUCCCUCAUUUCUGCGGGGUCCAGCUGGACCAGAGGCACCUCGUGGAAGACUGCAGAGAGGAGGACGUGGGGAGGAGCGUGCCCGACUGCCUCGCGGGGAAGCUCAGCUACUGGGUGGACCGGAGGCGCAAGGCGAUUCUGGUGCAGGUGCCCAGGGCCUCCGGGAGCCCCGACUACUACGUGCGGCUCUGCCUCAAGCGGUUCACCUGCGAGGACGCCGGCGCCCCUGUGCGAGUGACCGCCAACAGCGUCUCCCAGGCCGUCUCCCAGGCUGUCUCCCUGCCCUACAGCCAGGAGCUGCCGUGCCUGUGCCUGGAGGGCUGGUCUGCGACCCCUGACGCGGUGCGGAUCCAGAUCUGCCCGUUUGAAAACGACACUGAGGCACUGGAGUUGCUGUGGGACACGGUCUACUACCACCCGGAGAGCCAGACACUGAGCUGGGAGCCUGCCUGCCCUGUGAGUGGCCACGUGAGCCUGUGCUGGCGCCCGGGGCCCGGGGCCGGCUGCCGUAAGCUGCAGCAAUCCAGCCAGCUGGUGCAUCGCAGAGUGCAGUACCCGCUGGUGGACACCCAGCCCCAGCUCUGCCUGAAGUUCUCUACCAGUUGGGGGUCCUGGGUGCGGUGCCCUUUCGAACAGCGUCGCUUCCCAACCUGGAAAAUGACCAUCCAGCCUUCGCCCACAAAGGGCCACCUCCGGGUCACCUUCUUCUCGUCCAGCCCCGCCCACUUCCAGGUGCACCUGUGUUACAGGAGGAAGUCACAGCUCCCUGCCUGCCAACGCACACUCCAGGCCAGCCCGCUCCCUUCAGCCUCAGGUGACCCGGCAGCCGCCCCUGCCUUUGCCUUCCUAGACCUUCCCAGGGAGGAGGCCUGUGCCCCAGGCAUCUGCAUCCAGGGCUGGAGGAGCGAUGUACACUUCUCCGUCCCCCAGCAGCUCUGCAACCUCCGCUCCAGCGGGUGCCCAGCCCUCAGGGGCCGCAGGAGGCCGAGGACUAGACCCAGGCCUCCCACGGCAGGCUGGGCGUGGCGUGCACUGAACAGGAGACUGGGUGGGGGAAACGGGGAGACCAUCCGGCCCUGAGUCAGGUCAGGCUUCUGCGCCAAACCCAGGCCUGUGCCCAGCACUGCCCUCCAGCCUUGCAUUUGUCUCCACCACACACCGCUGGGCCUCCUGCACGCCCACCCUGGUCUCACUGUCACUGGCCUUGCCUCCUCCUCCCUGGGGGUCCCCCUUCCCUGAUCAGAGCUCUGGUUCCAACCGCCAGUGACUUGGGAUGUCCCUUUGCCCACCAGCCACCAAGGCCCAGGCUCCCAGGACCCAGGGUACCUCAGGACAGGACUCUGCCCAGUGGACAGAACUAAGCACGUGUGGCCUGGGUGUGGUCAGGAGCGUGGCUCUGCCUUGGAGUCCAGGAAGGGUCAGAGCUGGCACUCCUACCUGCACCCCUCCCUGUGAGCUCAAGAGCUUGCCUAGCUUCGGGUGGGGUGAACCGCAACAGCCACAGAGGUGGGAGAGGUGGGAGGGGUGGGAGGGGGUGGAUAGGACAGCCUGGCACCCAGGGCCUCUGGAGACCCUUUCCAGGGAGCACCAGUGGGCCAGGCAGGGGUCUCUGGAAUGUCUCCUCAGCUCAGCCGAGCCACAGCCAUUUCAGGGCAGCCUGCUGCCCACAGGACAUGCCCAGGGCCGUGGCAGGACCCGCAGACCUUCAGCUCCCCCUUCUCCCAGCAAGACUUUUUGGCCAAGCCUAGGUCCUCCUGCCUAGCAAAGGUCACCUCCAGCAGAUCACAGACUAAAGGGGCAAUGGCCACCUGCUGGUCAGGUGUCCCUGGGGCUGGCACCUGCCACUGUGGAGUGCCCAUGCUAUGCUGGGCAAGUCCACGGCCCCAGGGACAGGCCUGGAGGCAGCAGGAGGACUGGGCCUGGCUCAGGUGGGGGGAUCUGGGGGUCACACACACUGCUCUUGGGGCCAGGGUGGGCUCCUCCUUCACUUGUCUGCUGAGCCUCCCUGCAGAUGGGAGGCUGCUGUCCACAGCCACUGGCACCCCAGGACUGGGCAGCCCCCUCCCCUUCCCUCACAUGUCUCAGCCUCGCACAGUGGGGGCAGGGCUGGGAGGGGGUGUCCCAGCCAGUACCACCCCUACGUCUCUCUCCAGCUGCACCCACCCACAUGGGACGGCAGCCUGAGGCCAGGAAUCUCCUCACGAACAAGUAGGUGCCAGGGACACAUUGCUAGGGGGCAGGAGGCCAAGGCACAGCCUCGGACAGCUGAGCCAGGCCCUCCCUCCGAGAGUGUGGGCUGUUCUCACCUGACUGUGGGGCCCAGGCACCUGCUGGCUCUCCUGGGGCUACAGCUCCAUGGGGCCCUCAGGGGCUCUGGGUCACAUAAAAGACCUUCAGCCCUGUCCUGAGUCCCCUGGGAACAGCAGGACCUGGGUGUGCUACCCCUUCCCCGGAUGGCCCAGGUGCUGGACCCCAGCCUCCCUCUCAGACAAUUCAUGGUCAUGGCCACUGUCCUUGGCCCUGAAGACAAGGCCCUGGCAGCUGCCUGGAGCUUCCCCAGUGCUCUGGGGUGCAGGGUGCAACCCCACCCUUCCUGUAGCUGACCAGGCCCGAGGUGGUCAAGGAUCACCCCAGUUUCUGCCCAGGGCACCCCACACUGGCUGGAGUCCACCUCUCCUGUCUGUGCAUCCUUGGGUGCUGAGCUUCACUGGGGCACCCGCCCCACUCGGACCACUCCAGAGGGUCUCAGCUGCCCCAGAUUCCAGCCCCACUCACCCAGCAAUGGUCAGUCACUUCCUGUGGUCUCAGAGGCCACCUGCCUGGGGCCACCUGCUGGGAUGUGCGGUUCUCAGACAUUCCAAGUGGCACAUCCAGGUCCCAGCCAGGGGUGCCCAGCAGUGGCCUGUGCAGUGGGCCAUGGGGUCGGCCCUUGAAGACCUCUUGUGUGGGUCACGUAGGCUCCCCGGCUUCCCCGCUGAGCCACCCUCUGGAGCCUGGACAUCGUCUCACCUGAGUGCUGUGCAGGACCGCGUGCCCGGCCUGUCCCGGUGGUGGUCGCACCCGAUCUGCAGAUGCACUCCCACCGCAGUCUGGGCCCAGGCUGCCCUCUUCCAGCUGGCCGUGGGCCGCUGGGCCUUCUUUUCUCUCCUGCAACAGAGGCUGCUAUGCCCCACAGACUGGAGAGGGGGCUGCAGAGCGAAUGGGGGAAACUGAGUCUUUGGGGACUGUUAAGAGGCUGUGUUCAGAUAUCAGCUGUCCUACUGUCCCUCCCAGACAAGGGAGGCACCUGCUGGAGGACACACGCGUGCUGCCACCAGGCGGCAGUGGCUCUUAGUGCUGGUGCUGAGCCGGAUCAGCCGCCCCAGCACCCAACAUGGAGCGCCCACAGCCCAGUGCACCCACCGCCUCCUUGGCCAGAGACGCUGCCCUCCCUCCACCACCACCGCCGGAAACCCACCCCCACACCUGCCAGGAGAAAAGUGCUGAGGACCCCGGGCCCCAGAAAGGGGGGUGCGGUAGGGGCGGGCAGGAGCACCUGCACUGGGGUGCACAGCCCUGCUCACAUCUGGGCCACAGUAUAACACGGGUGAGCCUUGGACGCCCGCCUGCCUCAUUCACUCAUGACACACAGCUGAGCAGGCCCUGGGCCCUGGGCACCGACCCAGCACCGGGAACAAACAACACUGGCAAAGAUCCCGGGCCCUGCAGCUGGGGGACCAAGUCUGGGGCUGCCUGGCACUAAGGAGGGUCUUGGGUCAGAGUGUCAGUGCUGACACCAGGACAGUCCCAGGCAAACUGGGAUCAUGGAGCUGACCUUUGCAUGGGAGAGACAACCAGAGCCAAGUGACAUAAGUAAGCGAGGGGGCGUGGUUGGUGCCAGUGUGGGGUGAGGAAUGAGGCUGGGAGCACGAUUGGGAGUGUGGGGAGCUGCAAUCUGAAAUAGGGUGGGGCUGGGCAUGGUGGCUCCCACCUGUAAUCCCAGCACUUUGGGAGACCGAGGCGGGUGAAUUACUUAAGGUCAGGAGUUUGAGACCACCUGGCCAACAUGGGGAAACCCCAGCUCUACUAAAAAUACAAAAAUUAACCAGGCAUUGUGGUGGGCACCUGUAAUCCCAGCUACUCAGGAGGCUGAGGCAGGAGAAUCGCUUGAACCCAGAAGGCAGAGGUUGCAGUGAGCCGAGAUCAUGCCACUGCACUCCAUCCUGGGUGACUGAAUGAGACACCAUCUCAAAAAUAAUAAACUAAAAAUUAAAAUGAAAUAAAAUAGGGUGGGGCCAGGCACGGUGUUGCACACCUGUAAUCCCAGCACUUUGGGAGGCCAAGGCGGGAGGAUUGUUUGAGCCUGGGAGAUUGAGGCUGCAGUGAGCCAUGACUGCACCACUGCACUCCAGCCUGGGUAACAGAGCAAGACCCUAUUUCAAUAGAUAUAAAAUUUCAAAAAUAGGGUGGUCCCUGGGAGGCUCAGACAAGGUAAUGUGUGAACAGAGACUGCAGAGGCAGGGCCUUUGCAUUGCCCGGCUCCAACAGGGUCCCUGACUGCCUCACGGAAGAGCAGCGAGAGUCAGCUUGUGGAGGGCAGGCAGGUGGGGAGAAGUGCAGAAGGUGAGGCCUUCGGGGUGUCCUGGCACGUAAGUGUGAAUAAAAGAGACCAACGUUUUGGCCUCAGCUCCUUGUAGACAAAUUUGUGUCCACAGAUGUGUGGAAAAAUUCUUUGUGGACAAAGGAUAGACAGAACUCAAAGUCAUCCGUCUGCUCACUGAGAUAAAUGCAUAUCUGAUUUCUUCCUUUGGAAAGGCUAAUCAGAAACUCAAAAGAAUGCAACUGUUUGUCUCUUAUCUAUGACCCAGAAACCCCCUCUCCAAUUUGAAUUGUCCCACUUUUCCAGACAGAACCAAUGUACUUCUUACAUAUAUUGAUGUUUCAUUUCUCCUUAUAAUGUAUAAAACCAAGCUGUGCCCGGACCACCUCAGGCACAUGUCAGGACCUCCUGAGGCUAUGUCAUGGGCUCGUGUCCUCAACCUCAGCAAAAUAAACUUCCUGAAUUGAUGGACACUUGUCUCAGAUAUUUGGGGGUCACAGAUACGUCUUUAUAUAUUGUAUGUCCAUUAACAUAGAUUUAUAAUUACUGUUUUAUGAGUUGGUCUUUUGAAUCGUAUAGAAAAAAACAGGAG